CAAUAGCAUCUUACCCAUAUUUCAUUAUUCCUCAUCGAAUAAGUAUUUCGCAGAGGUGCUCAUAGAGCCAGGAACCCAUCGCGCGUCAUUGUAUCUUCAAGGCUGUGAACAAUACAGAGAAAGCAGACCAAUAGAUCCAGUGGCAGUAAGCAACCAGAAGGCGAUGUCUUGCGAAUCUGAAGCUGAGGCAGCUACUGUUUCUCUCCAUGUACCUUCAGCAUGCACACUUCCAGAUGUGUCCAGGGAAGACCCAACCAUACUUGGUGAAGUUAUUUCGUUAAAAAAUAAUUGCGGUUCAGUUGUCGACAAUCAUAAGUAUAGUUCAGGGAGCUGCAAUGGUGACAGUAAAGCAAAAAGUAAUGACAACAGUAAAGUUAAGGAAACUUCUAAAACACAAAAUUACAAUCAUUCUUGCUUCCUGUGCAAAACUCCAUUUGUGGGUGGUUUAAAGGUGGUACAUCUUGUCCUGAAUAAGCCUAUGCAGUGGAGUACUCUAGACCCUGUUUCUCUCUUGAAGUGCUUUGGAAUGCAAGUUCCUUCUUUAGGAGAAUCAGAGUGCUCAAAAAUUUCCCCUGUGGAUGUCUGUGGCUUAUGUUAUAUUGUUGUAUCAGAUUGUGAUUUCCUGUAUCCUCAUAUGCGCUCUUUCAUUUCUAAAAUACUAGAUUUGUGGCCAGAAAAGUUGAAAGGUUUUAAAAUGUUGUGCCUUAAUAUAUCAUUUCCUGAUAAUAGCAGUAGCUGUUUGAAAAGAGUACCUGUAGAGGGUGGUUGCAGUUUAAUGCCCUUAAUUACAAGUAAAUGCACGAGUAAACAACGGAUUUAUAAGAAAAAUCAUUUAUCCCAAGUAGAACUUACAUUUACUUACCCUGAUAAUCCUAUGUUACAUUCAGAAUUGUCAGAUGAAGUGAAUAAAAUCAGUGUUGAUGAAGGUAGUGGAUAUAGGGUUAAGGAAUGUAGUGAGAGGCCAAGAUUACAUGAGUUGUUUACAUGUGGAUUUUGUGGGAUGCCAUUUAGCAGUGAACUCGAAUGGAGUAGCCAUUGUACAAGUGUUCAUAAAAUAAGAGAGAAGUGGCUGUCCUAUGAUAGGCAGAUGGUUUUAAAGGGAAAUAUCAUGAAUGAAAUUUGUCAAACAAAUACAUAUGAUGGUGAAUCAAAGUGCAGGAAACAUGCGGAUAACAUUUCAUCAGCAGAGCGCUGUAAGUGUCAUGCUUGUGACAGCGAUUUUGACAGUAAGGUAGAAGUUGUGGAACAUCUCCAAGGCAUUCAUGAUAUCAUUGUAGAAAGUUUUGUUUUUUAUGAAAAACACAGGAAAAAAGAUGAUCAGCAAACAAAUUGUGAGGCAGAUUUGAGUGAGUUAGAAAGUAAAGAUGGGUUAUCAGAAGAUUUGGUUGUGUGUACUGAAGAGGAAGUCACCCCAGGAGACAGUAUUGAUAAGAAGAGUGAUUGUGAAAAUUCUACUUUGAGAACAGAAUUACAACACAAGUCUAAGUGUCUUGAAACUGUAAACUUAAAAUCGCAGGAUAGUAAAAGAAAUGUAAGAAAGGUUUAUGCACCUCACUGGCGUUGUCGAAUAUGUGGGAUGAUGUUUUCCAGUCAGAAUGUUUUGACAAACCAUAAACAGCAGUCUCAUCCUGAUUCGGCCAGAAUUAUAAAACGUAAAAUUCUUAGUGACUCUAGUCUGGAAUCAGAUGAAGAAAUGUCUUUGGAAAAUAAAGAUGCAUCUGUUGCUUCAAGAAAACGAAAACUUGUUAAAACAUCCAGUCAACUGGUAAAUGAUGAUUUAGGCUACUGUGUAGUUUUGAAAGGCGACGGACAGGGUGGUGUUAUUGAUCAUCGCGUGAAGUUAGGCGAAGACUCUCUUCAAAGUAAUAUGAAUGUAGGAACUGUUGAAGAUUAUAAACCAAGGAAGAGAUCUGUAAAAGAUAUAGUUACAUGUGGAAUGUGUGGAGAAGAAUUUGGAAAUCAUACUUUAAUUGCUGAACACAGCUGCCCAGGUUAUGAAAAUGUUAGUAAAAGUAAAAGUAAUGAAGUUGUUCUUCUGGAAUGUAAAGUAUGUGGCAGGCGAUUACAAGGAGUCAAUUCCAUGCGAACUCAUAUGGCUAGGUCACAUGGAUACCCUUUCAAAAAGAGAGACCGUAAGUAUCAGUGUAAGAUAUGUACAUUUAAGACACAAGUGAGAAGCCAGUUUGCUCAACACAUGAGAGAGAAGCAUAAGAGAGAUGUUGAGCCUCCUGUGAAGUGUCCCAAGUGUGAGAAGAAUUACAGUGCUCAGUAUAUUGCCCGACAUAUAGCCAUAAUACAUGGGUCUUCAGACAAUAAGAAAUAUUCUUGUAAGUUCUGUACCAUGAAGUAUCAUGAUCUCAACUAUUUAAAACGCCAUAUCUAUUUUGAUCAUGCCAACACUAAAUGGAAGUGCCAGAUAUGCGGAUUAGAAUUUGAUAAGUAUCAUCGUUUACAGCAACAUAGGGUUAAUGCUCAUGGAACUGAAGUUCACAAGUGCACGGACUGUGGGAAGGAGUUUAAACGAAAAGGAGAUUUAACUACUCAUAUCAAACGAAGUCAUGUGACAAAGGUUCCUUCUGUUUGUACCUUCUGUUCCAAGGCUUAUGCUGAACCCACAAAUUUAAGGAUUCAUUUAAUGAAGAAACAUGGUGUAUCUUGGGAGGACACUCUUUCAAAGCGGUAUGCUCGGCACCAACAAGAGAGUAGUUGCCUUCGCCGCCGAGAUUCCAAAGACCCCAAGCCAACUCAGAGUAGCAAGAAACAGGACAAAUGCUUGAAAAAGAAGCAAAAACCGAAUCGUAAGCAGCAAAUGCAAGAACAUAAGGAUUAUGAAGGGAAUUUUAUGCAGUCUGAACAUCAAAAUUUGGAUUCUGUGCAACAUUUCUCCCAGGGAGGAAACAUUGUUGAAACUCGUGAAAGCAUCGAUAUAUGUGAUGUUCAAGAACCUCAGUAUGAUGUUGAGAUUACUGUAGGAAUGGACAACUUGACUAAGGUAGAAGAAAUCACGAGUACUGGAACAGAGAGUUUCAUUGUAAUUGAGGAUCCUAAUUAAGCUCAGUAAAGGGACAUUUGUUCCAUACAGUCAUUCAGUAGUAUUUCUAGAAUUUUGUUAGCUUAUUGUGAAUUGCACAUGAUCCUAAGUUGCUGAUGUUGUUAUCUGAAAUUUGUUUAGAAUUUUAACACAAAGCUGCAGUGAGUGUAGAAUAUUUUUAUAUUUUAAUUGAUAACAUUGUACAUAGUAUUUUUCACAAUAUUUUACCUCGUAGGGGUUUCAGGUAUUAGAGAAAGUUUGUACGUAGGGGAAAAGAUGCAUCAGUAAUUUAUAUUAAAUUAAU